AUGGACGUGUACCCCCUGCGCCGGCUGGGGAUGCCUCGUAUGCGGCCCCCGGGAGGCUCCAACCGCGGGUCGCCCUUCGUCAGCUGCAGCCGACUCCACUGGGUCCAGAACAUCCUGACCCAGAGCAGCAAGUCUCGGCCAGAUGGAAUCCUCUGCAUCCUAGGAAUCGAUAGCAGGUACAAUGAAGGUUGCAGAGAGCUGGCAAAUUAUCUUCUGUUUGGUUUGUACAAUCAGAAUAGCAGCGACUUUGAGAAAACAGGGUUUUCUGAAGAAGUUCUAGAUGAUAUAAUUAUCUUGAUUAAGUCAGAUAGUGUCCAUCUGUACUGUAAUCCUGUAAACUAUCGCUAUCUCUUACCUUAUGUGGCACAUUGGAGAAACCUGCAUUUCCACUGCAUGACCGAAAAUGAGUAUGAAGAUGAGGAAGCUGCAGAAGAAUUUAAAAUCGCCAGCUUUGUGGACAUGGUUCGAGACUGUAGUAGAAUUGGCAUUCCUUACAGCUCCCAAGGUCACCUGCAGAUAUUUGAUAUGUUUGUGGUGGAGAAAUGGCCGAUUGUACAGGCCUUUGCCCUUGAGGGCAUUGGAGGAGAUGGAUUUUUUACCAUGAAAUAUGAGUUGCAGGAUGUGAGUUUGAAUCUGUGGAACAUCUAUAGCAAGAUGGAUCCUAUAUCUCUGGAAAUUUUGCUUUCAGAAGAUUUAGUGACUUUUGAACAUCAGUGGACUAGCUUCUUUGCUAAUUUUGACACAGAAAUCCCUUUCCUGCUGGAACUUUCUGAAUCUCAAGCGGGUGAGCCAUUCAGAAGUUACUUCAGUCAUGGAAUGAUCUCCAGCCAUAUAACUGAAAACAGUCCUAAUAGGCAGCCAUUUGUUCUCUUUGGUAAUCACUCCACACGAGAAAACCUGAAUGCUGGCAACUUUAACUUCCCUUCAGAAGGGCACCUGGUACGCAGCACUGGCCCUGGUGGGAGCUUUGCCAAACACAUGGUAGCACAGUGUGUCUCACCAAAGGGACCCCUCGCUUGUUCAAGAACAUACUUUUUUGGAGCUACUCACAUUCCUUACUUGGGAGGUGAUGACAAGCUGCCCAAGAAAACUGAGCAAAUUAGGCUCUUAUCCCGGGUUUAUGCCGCAGUUGUUGAGGCUGUUCUGGCUGCCAUUGCAUGCUAUGCUAAAACUUCCAGUCUAACAAAGGCCAAGGAGGUAGCAGAGCAAACACUGGGAUCUGGAUUAGAUUCCUAUGAGCUGAUGCAAUUUAAGGCAGUCCUACGCUCCAAGAUGGCUUUUCAUAUACAUGCUGUGAAUAAUCAGGGAAGAAUUGUACGUCUGGACAGUGAAGAUACCUUAUACUUUGUGAAGACGGCUUCUAUGACCGUCUAUGACAUUCCUGACUUGCUGGGAGGAAGAGGAUGCUUGGGAUCUGUGGUAUUUUCCGAAUCAUUUUUGACAUCUCAUAUCUUGGUUAAAGAAAAGGAUGGCGCUCUUACCACGGAAACCAGCUUCAUAAUCCUAACUGCGGCAAUACCCAGAUUCUGCUCCUGGCUGGUAGAAGAUAAUGAAGUAAAACUGUCUGAGAAAACCCAGCAAGCAGUGAAGGAAGACGAGUCUUUCCUGGGCACUUUUCUAACAGGAGGAGAAGGAGCAUAUCUUUAUUCCAGCAAUCCACAGUUAUGGCCUGAGGAAGGGAAAGUGCAUUUCUUCUCUAGUGGCCUUCUGUUUUUUCACCGUCAUCAUGGAAGUAUCAUCAUUUCCAAGAAUCACAUGAAUUCCAUUUCGUUCUAUGAUGGGGACUCCACCAGUGUUGUUGCCGCCCUUCUAAUAGAAUUCAAAAGCUCAUUGCUGCCUCAUCUGCCAGUUCAUUUCCAUGGACCAAGCAAUUUUCUGAUGAUUGCCCUUUUCCCCAGAUCAAAGAUAUACCAAACAUUUUACUCAGAGGUGUUCUCCCCCUGGCAACAGCAGGCUAAUUCAGGGCUCUCUUUAAAAGUGAUCCAGGAAGAUGGAUUAUCUGUGGAACAAAGGAGAUUACACUCCAACGCACAGAAGCUCUUCAGUGCCCUGAGCCAUCCUGCUGGGGAGAAACAGCGUCCUCUGAAGCUACUCUCAGCCAGACACCCAGAGCUGGACUGGUUUCUCCAGCAUUUCGCAGUCAGCAGCAUUGGUCGGGAGCCUGUGAUGAGGACCCAUCUUCCUGUUGUGCUACAGCAAACUGAAAUCAACUCUCCUCUCAGAGUAGAAAAUGACAAGGUAAUUAUCAACAUUGUAACUGGCCUCCCAGGCUGUCAUGCUAGUGAGCUCUGUGCUUUUCUGGUCAAGCUGCAUAAGGAAUAUGGCAGGUGGAUGGUGUACCGCCAACUCAUGGAUAGCUCUGAAUGUUUUCAUGCUGCCCACUUCCAGAGAUACCUUUCCAGUGCCUUGGAGGCCCAGCAAAACCGCUCCACCCGCCAGUCAGCGUACACUCGCAAGAAGACCAGACUGCUGGUGGUGUUACAAGGCUAUACAGAUGUUAUUGAUGUUGUCCAGGCCCUGCAGACCCAUCCAGACCCAAAUGUCAAGUCCUCCUUCACCAUUGGUGCUAUCACAGUGUGCGUGGAGCCCCUAAGUUGCUACAUGGAGCACAGAUUUCUCUUUCCUAAGUGUCUUGACCAGUGUUCAAAAGGCUUGGUGAGUAAUGUGGUCUUCACCAGUCACACCAUGGAGCAGAGGCACCCUCUCCUCGUUCAACUGCAGAGCCUCAUCAGAGCUGCCAAUCCUACUGCAGCAUUCAUUCUUGCAGAAAAUGGAAUCAUCACGAGGAAUGAAGAUAUUGAACUUAUUCUCUCAGAAAACAGUUUUUCGAGUCCUCAGAUGCUACGAGCUCGAUAUUUAAUGUACCCUGGCUGGUAUGAAGGUAAAUUUGAUUCUGGAUCAGUCUUUCCACUAAUGGUUCAGAUCUGCGUAUGGUUUGGUCGGCCCUUGGAGAAGACUCGCUUCGUGGCCAGAUGUAAAGCAAUUCAAUCCUCCAUUAAGCCAAGUCCUUUCUCUGGAAACAUCUACCACAUCCUGGGAAAAGUGAAGUUUUCAGACUCUGAGAGGACCAUGGAGGUCUGCCACAACACUCUAGCCAAUUCCUUAAGCAUUGUGCCGGUGUUGGAGGGACCUACUCCACCACCUGACUCCAGAAGCACACCUCAAGACAGCAGUGGGCAGCAGGAGAGCUACCUUGUGUUCAUCGGCUGCUCCCUAAAGGAAGAAAGUGUCAAGGACUGGCUGCGGCAGUCAGCUAAGCAGAAGCCGCAGAGGAAAGCCCUGAAGACCAGGGGGAUGCUGACCCAGCAGGAGAUCAGGAACAUCCAUGUAAAACGCCAUCUGGACCCACUACCGGCAGGCUACUUUUAUAACGGAACUCAGUUUGUCAACUUCUUUGGUGAUAAGACUGAUUUUCACCCACUCAUGGACCAGUUCAUGAACGACUAUGUAGAAGAAGCUAACCGAGAAAUUGAGAAGUAUAACCGCGAGUUGGAGCAGCAGGAGUAUCAUGACCUCUUUGAGCAGAAGCCUUAG